GUAACUUUCCCAAAGGCAAAAAAAGUUUUCCCCAUUUUCAUGAACCAGCUGCAGACCAAGUUUGAAAGAAAAAAACCCUCAAAAAAUGGAAGGAUUAAAAGUAGAUAAAUGGGGUUAUGAAGUAAAGACCAAUUCUGAUUCUUGCAUAUCUUCCAUUAAUUCUUAUUAUCAUCAGGUACUUAGUUAUGGAAGAGAGAGGUCAGUAAUAUUAGAAGCACCAAAACAAGACCCAAAUUGUGUUUUGGCUAAUAUUUUAGCUGCUCAUUAUCUUUCCUCUGCUGAUUCUUCACGUGCUAUGCCUCUUCUUGAAGCUGCUAAGUCUUAUCUUGAACAAGCUAGCUUGUAUGAGAAGGUAGUUUUUGAUGCAAUCAAUUGUUUGAUUUCACCAAAUAGAGAUGAUGAUGUUGCUGUUGAACUACACUUUAAGCUGCUUAAGGAUUUCCCAAGAGAUCUGGUCUCUCUUAAAAGGGCUCAAGUGCUUUGUUUCUACAUGGGUUGCCCUGAUUUGUCUCUGAAACUUGUUGAGCAGGUCCUAUCAGUAAAUAAACAAGAAAGUUACAUUUAUGGCAUGCUCGCUUUUUCCCUAUUAGAACUUGGUCGAUACACAGAUGCAGAAGAAGCUGCAAACAAAGGCUUUGAGAUUGAUAGUGAAGAUGCCUGGACACAUCAUGCUCUCUGUCAUGUUUAUCAGUACAAGUGUCGUUUUAAAGAAGCAGUACAAUUUAUGGAGAAGUGCUCAAGAACCUGGAGUUCUUUGUCAUCUUUUAUGUAUACACACAAUUGGUGGCACGUCGCACUUUGUUAUUUGGAAGGUCAUUCUCCCAUGGAAAAAGUAAGAGAUGUGUAUGACCAGAACAUCUGGAAAGAGUUGGAAAGAAGUGAUGCCUCUCCAGCUGAAGUGUACUUGAAUGCUGUUGGUUUGCUACUCCGGGUAUAUGUACGAGGUGGGAUUAAUGUCUUUGGGGAUCGUUUGAAGAUCCUAGCUGAUUGUCUCACAAAUAAAGCUUUCUGGCAUCUUGAAUGGCACCUGGAUGUAUUGGUGGUGUGGGCCCUAUCUUGUACAGGCGAAGUUUCUAAAGCGGAAGAGUUACUCGAGGGUUUGAAAUCCAGAAUUUCCAACAUGACCAAGAAAAAACAACAACAUAUGCAGCGAGCAAUGCUGCUUGCAGAAGCUCUAUUUGAAUAUGGCAAGGGUGAAAAUGAACGCGCGUUAGAAUUUCUUGACGAGACAUUUGAUGCUAUUAACUACAAGAUUAUUGGAGCAUCAGACGAACAGCUUGAUGUUUUCAAUGAAGUUUGGAUCACUAUGUUGUUAAACAGUGGUCAAGCUACAAAAGCUAUUCAGGCGAUAGAGAAGCAGCUAAAGAAGAGGGAAGGAACCCCGUUCUUAUGGCGCCUCCUGGAAAAAGGUUAUUCAAUGUCAAGAAAGAAGGAAGCAAUAGAUGCAGGCAAAAAAGCUCGGGCAUUGGAAGCGGCAUACUUUGAAUAAUCAAUCCAGCAGAGGAAGAUAGCUAUCAAUAUUAGUGAUUUUCACUUCUUGUAUUCCUCUUUUCUAGAAUUUGAGUAGUGCUAAAAUGUAAAUUUUUUCCCUGUUGUAUUUUAUGAAUAAAGCAGUGUCCCCUGAGCCAAUUUUAUCGUUGGAGGCUGGAGACACUCGUGCAGGUUAAAGAUGUAAACUCUGAAAUCUUAAAUAAUUGGACACAAGUUUAAGUUUUGUGUAUCAA